CACGUACGUGCGUACGAUGCAUUUUGCGUAGCAAUCGUUGCGUGAUCAACGUGCUGAAUCGAAUCGAAUAGUUGGCUCGCGUGUGACAGGUUUCGGAGCAUCGCGCAGUUGAACGGAUUCUGCUUGCGGUGCUACGUAUCUCGCUCGCGUUGUCCCGCCUUCUCGUGGUUAUUCGCGUUACAUUGUGAUAAUAUCAAGGCGGACAUCGCGGAAUUUCCAGAAGUGUGGUUUAACGGUGACCGCCAAAAAGUCACGCUCAAACAGCCUUCAAAAGAAAGUCAUUCCUUCGCUUUUUUUUUCACGAUAAAAAAUGGCAUCCCGCAAGAAAGUACUGCUGAAGGUUAUAAUCCUUGGAGAUUCUGGAGUCGGUAAAACAUCUUUGAUGAAUCAGUAUGUCAACAAGAAGUUUAGUAAUCAAUAUAAAGCAACGAUAGGAGCAGAUUUCUUGACCAAGGAAGUGAUGGUAGAGGACAGAAUAGUUACUAUGCAGAUCUGGGAUACCGCUGGACAAGAAAGGUUUCAGUCCUUAGGAGUGGCUUUUUACAGAGGUGCAGACUGUUGCGUGCUCGUAUUUGAUGUAUCCGCUCCGACUAGCUUCAAAUCUUUAGAUUCAUGGAGAGAUGAAUUUCUAAUUCAAGCUUCGCCUCGAGAUCCAGACAACUUUCCGUUUGUCGUGCUCGGAAAUAAAGUAGAUCUCGAGUCAAGAGCAGUGUCGAGCAAGAGAGCACAACAGUGGUGUCAAUCAAAGAAUAAUAUUCCAUACUUCGAAACUAGUGCAAAAGAGGCUAUCAAUGUCGAGCAAGCUUUCCAAACGAUAGCUAAGAAUGCUUUAGCUCAAGAAAGUGAAGUCGAACUUUACAAUGAAUUCCCGGAUCAAAUCAAAUUGACCAACGACCAAAGAAGCAACGGCAGAGGUGAUUCAUGCGCUUGCUAGGUCUUGGCACGGUGGUAAUAUCUGGGAUGACUAAUAAAUAUGCACAGGUCAGAUUGUACAUUCACGUCAUCCGCGCGUAAAGGACGUGGGGAAUAUAUUGCGAUGAGCUUUAUGUGUGCGGGAAGUCACGAGUACUUUUUCUUUACUCUCAACGUAUUAUUGUACACAUGCAAAAAAAUCCUUCUCUGUCCAUAUAAAAAAAUGUCUUUAAUAUUCUCGAAAUAAUUUUGUUGAAAAUCGUCGUUAGUGCACAGCAAAAAAGUUAACACGUUUAAUUCAUACGUAAACAAAUGUGUACAAACUCAUAUCGACAUGCGUGUAUACAUAUAAUUGUUUUUGUAAACCGUAUGUGGGAGGGGAGGGGGGGAGGGAACUGACUUCCUGUCCUGAGAUAUCGCAAUUUUGAAUUAUGUACUCCCGCUGGACUUGACUUGUCAUAUAUAGGUCCUCUAUCUCUAUGUUAUUUCUUAAGUCAAGGAUUCGCAUUCUCGUUUUUAAGUAUUAUAAUGCUCUCUUAUCGGGUAUGGCAAAACAUAUAAACUGUCUUUUUUUUUUUCCUUUUUAUCACGGUCUUGAUUUACUGUUGAUCUAUUUUUAUCGAAACAAUAUACAACAAGGUUUUCAGACGAUAUACAGGAGUCGUUGUUGCACCAGAGAGGAUAAUAUAUGGGUCGGGAACACAGUUAGCGGUACUGUUAGCGAAUUAUAAAUAAAACAAUUUGCUCAUAAUUUGUUAAGUACAAUUGCAUUUACAGAGGAGCCCUAGUACAUAGCUUAUUAUUCUUAGAACUGAAUAUUUGCUGUCAAAGAUGAUUCGUAUGAAAUAGAAGAAAAAAAAAUUAAGAUAAAGUUACAAUAAAGUUAUUAAGAUACUUUGUAGUGUGUCUGGUGUAAGCCAUUUUAACAAGUUUGAAAUGCAGGCGGAUGCAUGGUGUGAGCCUCCUAAAACCAUUCUUUUUUAUUCAAAGUCCACAAUUGUUAUAUUGAAAAUAUAAAAUUAUAUUACAGAAAU